GACGAAUCUGCCACCGCCGUGUGUGCCCGUCUCAAUGCCGUUGUGAGCAAGUAUUUUCACGCUAUCUUUGACUCUUCCACUACUUGCCUCUUCUAGGUCAAAAAUCGACGCUCAAUGUGCUGCGAGAGUACAAAUGGUGGGGGAGUGCCCCCGCCGUGAGGGGACCUGAGGGGCCGGAGGGCCGCCCGUUGACCAGUUGUUUCCCGCCGGCUGGGCACCCCGUCUCAAAAUCAACCUCUUCGCAAACAUCCAUCUCAUCAAUUUUUCAUCUUUUGGCCUUCCGAAGUUAUAGAGCUUCACAAGGAAUCUUACAACCAUCUCUGCUCAAGACUACAUAGACCACAGUCGCCGUGCUCAUCUCACCAACCAUCACGAUGGCGCGCUUCCGCGUCCUCUUCGCCAACCUCCCCGUCCCGCCGGCCCUCCGCGUCCUCCCGGCGCCGACAAUCCGCAUCAUCGCCCUGCUAGUCACAAUCAACAUCAUAAUAUGGAUCAUCGCCGGCAUCAUCCUACACUUCCACCCAUCCCUCAUCUCCCCGGCAGCCCUCUCCUACGUCCUCGGCCUCCGCCACGCCCUCGACGCAGACCACAUCUCCGCCAUCGACCUCAUGACCCGCCGCCUCAUCGCCUCCGGCCAGCGGCCCGUGACAGUGGGGACCUUCUUCUCCCUGGGCCACAGCACAAUCGUCAUCGUCACCUGCGUCGUCGUAGCCGCCACGAGCGGUGCGCUGCGGGACCGCUUCGACGGCUUCACGCGCGUGGGAAACAUCAUCGGCACGAGCGUCAGCGCGGCGUUCCUGCUGCUUCUGUGUGCUGGGAACGGGUGGGUUCUGUAUAAGCUCAUCCGGAGGCUGCGGGUUGUGCUGGAGGAGGAGAGGCGGCGCGGGAUGGAGGGGUACACGCCCACCGAGGAGGACGAGGGCGACGCGGCGACGAAUCUCAAGUUGGAGGGCGAGGGGUUCCUGGCGAAUGUGUUUCGAAAGGUUUUCCGUGUCGUUGACCGGCCUUGGAAGAUGUUUCCUUUGGGGAUUCUGUUUGGGUUGGGCUUUGAUACGAGUUCCGAGAUUGCUAUUCUUGGGUUAUCGAGUGUGCAUGGUGCGCAGGGGACGAGCAUCUGGCUCAUUCUCAUCUUUCCCGUUCUUUUCACAGCCGGUAUGUGCAUGCUCGACACUACCGACGGCGCCCUCAUGAUGGCCCUCUACACCUCAAAGGCCUUCUCGCGCGACCGCGUCGCCAUCCUCUACUACUCCAUCGUCCUCACCGGCAUUACCGUCUUCGUCUCGGCCUUUAUCGGAAUAAUCCAGGUUCUGUCGCUCAUCGCCAAUGUCGCCGAGCCCGAAGGCAGCUUCUGGGACGGCGUCGACGCCAUCGGAGAGCACUUUGACAUUAUCGGCGGCAGCAUCUGCGGUCUCUUUGUCGUUGUCGGGAUCGGUUCGGUGGUGGUGUACCGACCUUGGAGGAGGAACAUCGACAAGAAGAAUCAGGAGAGGGCUGUGCUUGUGCCUGAAGAGGAGAGGGGACUGGGGGCGGGUGAGGGGCUGAGUUAUGGUGCAGUUGAGCCUGGCGAGCCCGUCUCGAAGAAGGGUGCUGUGACGACUGAGAGUGAUGUGCAAGUGUAGGCAUUCCAAUGACAUGGGUUUGUUCGCAUGACGUGGGAGACUUUUUAGACUGUAGAUGGGUUCACGCAUGUCGAGAGUCACGAUACAAGGUCAAAUAUCAUGGACGGGUCAUUGCAUGGCAUUAUAAUCUCAGGUACCUAUACAGACCAAUUGAUACAGGCGGCUCGAUAUCACCGAUAUGCC